GUGCUCUCUUCUCCAUCACCACCCUCAACAAUCAGAAGACGACUUGCAGCCGGCGACCCGAAUCAAUCGUGGUAGCCUCUCGCCAAAAUGCCGGCCGAUAGAUUACUCAACACGGUGCUGCAGUACUACCAAGACGUCCACGAUGACGCAAAAACGGAACAAAUUAUUGGCACAACCACCCAUCUCUUAACACAGCUCUCCAACCCUCUCAACCUCGGCGUUCUCACAUCCCAGCUUCUCACAGCGCCUGCGAUUUGGUUCCGACCAGGUGGGCUUCGAACGUCUCUCCGAAUCAUCAGCAUAUACAACAGUGCCGCUCUCCGCGUGCAGCAGCAUGCGACCGACACUGCCCAGCAUAAAGUUCCUGCCGAAGGCGGUGGCCUUCGAUGCGACGAAUGGGCUAGAGCUGUUGUCAAAGGCGCCGACGAUCGAUCGAGUAGAUGGCAGCACUUGCUCGUGCUAACAGGAGUCCUGAUGGGCAUGGAAAGCAAUGAACGACAGGCGCUCUCGCGCGGGCUGCGAAAUACUCUCGGUCACGCAGUUGCCAUGGCGGCCAAUCUUGCACUUGAGACGGCUGUCGAAGAUGGCCCUAUUGCCCAGGGAUCGAUAGUUAUGGCAUUGAACUUUGCAUUCCCUCUGCUCUCAGACCAUAACCGAGCCCAAAUCAACUGCAACGCUCUCCUGCCGGUGGCAGUCUGGGCAUUGGUUGGGGAAGAGGGAUUCGCGGAUGGUCAGUUCUUACACGCCGUUGCGCGCGAUACAGUCGAUACAUUGGGCCAGGGGCUAUCUUGGGCAGUACAGUCGCCGUCAUACCAGCAUCUUCAGCAGAUGGAUAAGGCACCGCUCAUGGCCAACAUGGGACCGCUCUCCAAGCUUGCCAGCUUUGCUGUGCAGAAUGCUACAGAAACUGGUGUGGUGUUGCAAGCGCAUGCUGAUCUGCUCAUGUUUACACAUCGAGUUUUGGAUGCUUGGUCUAGGACACGGUUUAGCGACAUUGAUCCUGCAAUGGAGUCUGUUAGACUCAGUAGGGAGACUCUGGAGCAAACCUGGCUAGGCUUGUGGCAGGUUCUACGAAAAAUCAUGUUUGGCACUAUUGCGGUCCUUCAAGCAAUCGUAUCGCGUAGUCUUCUUGACCCAUACAUGCUUCAUGAUACUGCUGCACCUGCUAUUGCUGCCAAAUCUCUUCGAAUUUUGCGUAACCUGUACUUCAUCUCCUCCCGCAAUGGAAACAAUGCUUUCCAAGUAUACACAUUCUCCUACCUGACAUCUCUUGACAACAUCACGCGAAGCUCACAAGCUUGCCAGACGAUACUCACCGAAUUCCGUCCAGCCGACGGGGUUGGCCUACCUUCCAACUUUCUGCAGCGAACCCUCGAUCUGUUUUAUCUCAACAUGGCCGAACACAUGCCACUCAUUCUCUCGACAGAAGCUGCCGAUGCUCUGAUAAUAAAGCCCGCUACUGCGUACCUCUCGUUAGAUGGCCCGAUGACACCCGCGGUUAUCGAAAUCUUCGAAUCCGCUCACAGCGCCAUCCUAGCCGUCAUGUCUUGUCCACAACACAGCCGAUUGACUAUUGAUCUUGCCCCAUUUUACAUUGUACGGCUUUUUGAGUCUUUCCCGCAUCAAAUCUCACCUCGCCAAUUCCGAGUUGCUUUCAAGACUGUUAUUCAAAUCGUCUCGCCGCCGUUCCCCAUUGCUGCUCUGGAGCCGCAACUAUCAGAGACUCUGCUUGAGAUGCUACUGGAGUACACGGCGAACGCAGCCACCGUUCCUCUGCCACCAUCGCAGGACAGCGUGGCACAGGCGGCUUCGGAAGAAUCUGGCGAACAGCUUCAGUCGGCCCAAAGCGCGCUUGUGCUCACCCUCAUCGACGCUCUUCCUUUCCUCCCAUUGCCAUACAUUGAGGAAUGGCUGGCAGUUGCGGCGCAAUCUCUGAACAAAAUCGCCGACCCCCGUCUUCGGGAACCAGUUAAGGAACGUCUGUGGGACAUUCUUGUGAACGGAGAGAUGGAUGUAGAGCGGUCGGCGGUCGGAGUCGCUUGGUGGGGGACCCAUGGAGGUAGAGAAAUGGUUCUGCAUGGGGGUAUCGGCCAAGUUCCCAUGAUGAGCGGAGCCAUUAUACCGGAUGAGAAGACUAGCAAGCUGUAA